AGUCCCCUCGGAGUCACCUGACCGUACAGUGGGCUAGAAAUGGCGUCUUAUUUAGUCGCGGGAGAGCGGCUAGUGCGUGCUGUGGCCCCAGGUGGGGAGCUGGAGCAAGAGCAGUUGCCCCGGAAGCUGCGGGCAGAUCUUGAGGCCGCUUUGGAGAGGAAGCACAAGGGUGGUGAUCGCCUCAGUGGUUCCGCACGCCUGGUUUCCUUCCGCCUGAUUCGGGAUCUGCACCAGUACCUGAGAGAAAGGGAUUCCAAACUGUACCUUCAUGCGCUCUUAGAAGGCAGUGAAAUCUAUCUCCCAGAGGUGGUGAAGCCUCCUAGGAACCCAGAGCUAGUUGCCCGUCUGGAGAAAAUUAAGAUACAGUUGGCCAAUGAGGAAUAUAAGCAGAUCACCCGCAAUGUAACCUGUCAGGAUUUAAGACAUGGUGGGAUUCUGAGUGACCUGGGCAAGGAAGUGAGGUCAGUGAAGGCUCUGGUCAUCACCAUCUUCAACUUCAUUGUCACAGUGGCAGCUGCCUUCGUCUGCACUUACCUUGGAAGCCAGUAUGUCUUCACAGAAAUGGCCUCGCGGGUACUGGCUGCAUUGAUCGUCGCCUCUGUGGUGGGUCUGGCCGAGCUGUACGUCAUGGUGCGGGUGAUGGAAGGAGAGUUGGGAGAGAUAUAACUGGUGCUUCAUCAUCAAAGUCUGGAGACGGUUUGGAGGGGCUCCAGGCUCCCAGCUGGCCAUCACUGACUCUCGGUGAACCCAUCAGGUUCCUUGCACUUGACUUUGGAUAGUCAGGGCCAAGCACAGGCUACCUACUGUUUCUGUGGGGAGCCCCAUCAUCUGUCAAUUGCCAGAGGGGGCAGUAGAGGAGACUCAGCCAACAACUGCAAAGAACUGGUCUGUCAGUACCUCCUCCUGGUCUGCCCUCUACAGUCCAUUCCGGGCACUGCUGGCACUGGGGUUUUCCAUCCGGAGUAAAUACAACACAGGCUUUCCCAGCAGCAGAUCAUACCACCUGAAGUUGCCCACGUGCACAAAUCAGUCAUCAUCCCUGCUCCACACGUCCUUGAUGCUGACCUACAACUUAGCUCUGAAACUUCCAAGAAAGCAAAAAGGAUUUCCUUUCUCCAGGUUAUGCUGGAAGAAGUACUGAUCAGAGAACACCAAAUAAGAGAAACAUGAGGGGUACAGGAUGCUGGGAUUGGAAGUAAGGCAGCUACCUUUUUGCAAUCUUAGUUUCUAUCUUCAUCCUCUUCCUUCUGCUUGCCUUUUUCAGGUUUUCUGUGUGCUUCUACCUGUCUCUACCAUCCACCAGGCCUCCCUAAACUUCCCACCUUGUUUCCUUUGCUCUGCCUCCCAAAAUGAAAACAAUAUUGGCCCUAGCUGAUGUGGUUCAGUGGAUUGAGUGCCAGCCUGUAAACCGAAGGGUUACCAGUUCGAUUCCCAGUCAGGGCACAUG